AACUCUCAACAAGGAGAUGGGGGAAAGAUAUCGCGAGAGAAAGAACUAUAGACAUAGACACUUCAAAAAUCAUUAUGCUGGACCAGAAGAUUUGGAGAAUGUCCUCUCUAAGCCACCUAACCAUUGCAUUAAGGAGGCUUGGCAGCUUAUUUGUGAAAUGUUUUUUAGCGAAAGAUUUUUGGCUCGUUCCGCUAAAAAUCAAGCAAACAGAAGACAAAUGAAGUAUGUAACAACACAAGGCACAAAGUCGUUGGCAGCUAAGCGUCACGAAUAUGAGAACCCGGAUGCGCAUGUUGUUGAUACUUGGAGGGAUGCUCAUAUGAGAAAAUCGACAAAAUCUUUUGUCAAUGAGGCAGCUCAACAAGAUUAUGAAAAAAUGGCGGCUGAGGUUGAGAGGUCACAGAAUGAGAGGCAAAGUCAACAGCAGAGUGAGGCAUCUCUAAAUGUAUCUGGUGUUGAUUCGUCCCCGGUCGAUCAAUACGAGAUACUAAGUAAAGUACUCGGGGAGAGAUCUGACUACCAAAGAGGAGUGGGUUAUAGGGCGAAAGGGAAGGCAAAAAAGACAUCAUCUAGCUCUACAGAUCAAAGUCAAUCCCAAGCAAAUACUGCUGCUUCGCCUAAUGAAGAUAUGAGAGUUAUGGCUUUGCUGGUGAAGGCAAUUCGUGAGACGUUUGAGACUUCGACAACUGUGCAUCCCAGUAAACUGUAUAACCCAAUGUUUGACAGUUUUCUGCAGAGGCAUUUGCCACAACAAUCCGAAGGUGGUUCGUCUUCUCAGUCUCCGUCACAACAGUAUCAGCCUCCGUCACAGCAGUAUCAGCCUCCUUCACAUCAGCAGUAUCAGCCUCCUUCACAGCAGCAGUUCCAGCCUCCUUCACAGUAUCCGCCGCAGCAGCUGUACCAGCCUCAUCCAAUGUAUCCGCCACAUAUGUCGUCGCAACAACCUCCUCAGUAUCAAAACCAAUACAUUUUUGGACCCCAUUCUCAGUCUCCUCCACAAUAUUUUAGUUUUACCGAUUUUCCAGGAGGAUCGAUGCAGCCUCCGCCACAACCACAGUCUCGAGAUCUAUCUGCUAUAGAAAAUUGA